AUGUCAUCUGAAUCAUCAGACAAACAAAAAUUAGAUGAUGGAACAAUAUUCGGUAUUGGAAAUCCAUUACUUGAUAUUAUUGCUGAAGUACCAACAUCAUUUCUUGAAGGAUACAAUUUAAAAGCUAAUGAUGCUAUUUUAGCUGGUGAACAACAUAAAGAUAUGUACGAAAAAUUACUUCAUGAUUAUCCAAAUCAUCAUUUUGUUGCUGGUGGUUCAACACAAAAUACUAUGCGAGCUGCAACUUGGAUGCUUCAACAACCCAAAUCUUGUGUUUACAUGGGUUGUGUAGGUCAAGAUAAAUAUCAACAAAUAUUACACGAUGCAGCUACAAAAGCAGGUCUAACAUUAUCUUAUCAAGUUGAUUCUAAAACAGAAACUGGUACAUGUGCUGUUUUGAUUACUGGAAAUGAUCGAUCAUUAGUAGCAAAUUUAGGUGCUGCAAAUUGUUUUACAAUUGAUCAUUUAGAUGAACCAAAAAAUAAAGAAUAUAUUGAAAAAUCAAAAAUAAUUUAUACAGCUGGAUUUUUUUAUACAGUAUGUCCUGAUGCUGCAAUGCGUUUAUGUGAACAAGCUGAUAAAAAUCAACAAUUAUUUUGUACUAAUUUAUCCGCACCUUUUAUUUGUGAAUUUUUUGGUGAUAGAUUAAUGAAAACGAUGUCUUAUGUUGAUUUUUUAUUUGGUAACGAAACUGAAGCAAGAUGUUUUGCUAAACACCAAUUAAAAAUUGAUACUGAAGAUGUUAAAGAAAUAGCAAAAGCAUUAAGUGAUCUUCCAAAAAAAAAUGCUCAACGUCCACGUGUUGUUGUGAUAACUCAAGGUGCUGAUCCAACUGUACUUGCUAUAGCUGGAAAAGAUAUUGAAGAAUUUCAAGUUAAAAAACCAUCAAGUAUUGUUGAUACAAAUGGUGCUGGAGAUUCGUUUGUUGGCGGUUUUCUUGCAUAUUUGGCUCUGGGUAAAACUUAUGCUGAAGCUAUUCAAGCUGGUGCUUAUUGUGCAUAUGAAUGUAUUCAACAAUCAAGUUGUACUUAUCCAGAAAAACCAAAUUUUGAUCCAAAAACAUUUUUGGCUUAA